AGCGUGACGCGAAGAACAGGUUUGCUUCACAGGGAAGAUUGCAUAAGAUCUUUUCGAUUUGAACGCGUUAUAUAAGCCGGGUUCUACAGCAGUGAAGGACAGAGAAGACAUUGGAGUUAAAGUUACAGGAUGUUUAAGCCACAUUAUUACUUGGCCGCAGUGCUGCUGUGUUUCGUCUUCACCACAGCGCAGGUUGUGCCAAAUGCAGAAAUCGGUCGGAUUACUAUCCAAGUGCCGUUGCUGUCCAAUGGAAAGCCCGUGAUCCUUACCAACCAGGAACGGGAAGAGGUCGCCACCGUAGAGGAGAUCAAGCCGGGCAAGGUCCAUGUUGUCCAGGAGGUAGUGGUGCCACCUACAGUGAAAUCUGAUAAUAAGGUGCGGGUGACAAGAUCAGUUUCGGAUUCUGGUAUUCCUAACCAUGGAAUCCCAAAUCCUGGCAUCCCUAACCAUGGAAUACCGAAUCGUGGAAUUCCUAAUGAUGGAAUCCCAAAUCCUGGCAUUCCUAAUCAUGGUAUUCCCAAUCCUGGAAUCCCUAAUCAUGGAAUUCCAAACCGUGGCAUUCCUAAUGAUGGAAUCCCAAAUCCUGGCAUUCCUAAUCAUGGAAUUCCCAACCCUGGAAUCCCUAAUCAUGGAAUUCCAAACCGCGGCAUUCCUAAUGAUGGAAUCCCCAACCCUGGCAUCCCCAACCAUGGAAUCCCCAACCCUGGUAUCCCCAACCAUGGAAUCCCCAAUCCUGGCAUACCCAUUCCCGAUGCUUCCGAACAUAAACCAGUUGUUGUUAAGCCCAGCAGUCGUACCACCAGCGCACCCGCAUCUACAUCAAUGCCCAAGCGAGUACCCAACAGGAAUUGUUUCCAUCUUCUGAUGGGUGGCACGACCACCACGUCGCCAGUGGAUAUUAUGACACCUCCAUCUACGGAAAACUGCGAUGAGCUAUGCACCAAGUUCGAGUACUCGCCCAUUUGUGCCUUCAAUGGAAUCUGCAUCCAUGAAUUUGCAAAUCAGUGCGUAAUGAACACCUUCAACUGCAAGCACCGCGAUUUGUCGUUCCGUGCAGUGGACGAGGAUGUGUGCCGACUGGGAGUUUGCAUGAGGCGAUGCAAGGCGGAGGAACUGGCGCUUUAAAAUAGCUAUUACUCUUAGUCUUAGUAUUAUAUCAAAACAAUAACAUUUGUGUAAAAAUAUAACAAAACAUUUAAUUAAAUGCAUACAAUACACAGAAAAA